UUUUUUUUAACUUCCUUAUUUCUAUUAGACUUUUUUAUACUUUUAAAAUUCAAGAAAUAAAAUGAAUGCUACAAAUACACUUGUUGUAGAUAAUGGUACAGGUUUUGUUAAAUGUGGUUAUGCGGGUUCCAAUUUCCCUGAACAUGUAUUUCCAAGUGUUGUUGGUCGACCUAUUUUACGUGCAGAAGAAAAAGUGGGUAACCUGGAAGUUAAGGAUAUUAUGAUUGGUGAUGAAGCAGCACAACUUCGAAACAUUCUUCAAAUGUCUUAUCCAAUGGAAAACGGCAUAAUUCGUAAUUGGGAAGACAUGCGUCAUUUAUGGAAUUAUACUUUUGAUGAAAAACUCAAAAUUAAUCCGAGAGAUUCAAAGAUUCUUUUGACUGAAGCACCCAUGAAUCCAAAACAGAAUCGUGAAAAAAUGGCAGAGAUUAUGUUUGAGGAAUAUGGCUUUCAAGGUAUCUAUGUAGCUAUUCAAGCUGUCUUGACACUUUUUGCCCAAGGUCUUAUGUCGGGCGUUGUUGUUGAUUCAGGUGAUGGUGUCACUCAUAUUGUUCCUGUUUAUCAAGGAUAUGCACCUGCCAAUUUAACUCGUCGUCUUGAUGUCGCAGGUCGUCAUGUUACAAGAUAUUUAAUUAAAUUACUACUCCUUCGUGGUUAUGCAUUCAAUCGUACAGCUGAUUUUGAAACAGUUCGUCAAAUAAAAGAAAAAUUCUGUUAUGUCAGCUAUGAUCUUGAAUUAGAUCAAAAAUUAGGUAAUGAAACAACAACCUUAGUUGAAAGUUAUGAACUUCCUGAUGGUCGUGUUAUCAAAGUGGGUUCUGAACGUUUUGAAGCACCUGAAUGUUUAUUCCAACCCAACUUGAUUGAUGUAGAAGCUCCUGGCAUGGCUGAAAUGCUCUUUAAUACAAUCCAAUCUGCUGAUAUCGAUAUUCGUGCGGAUCUUUAUAAACAUAUUGUACUUUCUGGUGGUUCAACUAUGUAUCCUGGUUUACCUAGUCGUUUAGAAAAGGAAAUGAAACAGCUUUACCUUACAAACGUAUUAAAUGGAGACGCAAGUAGAUUAAAUAAAUUCAAAAUUCGUAUUGAAGAUCCUCCCAGACGUAAGCAUAUGGUCUAUCUUGGUGGUGCUGUUCUUGCUGAUAUUAUGAAGGAUAAGGAUAGUUGGUGGGUUACUAAACAAGAGUGGGAAGAAAUGGGUAUUCGUUCAUUAGAAAAAAUGGGCGUAUUAGGUUCUACUGCUUAAAUAAAUAAAUAAAAAAAAAAGUUGUAUUAUUUAAGUUUAUUAAGUAAAUUAAAAUAAUGGGUAGUAAGAUUAGUUGUAAAAGCA